AUGGUUAAUGUUUUUACGGAUUGGGGUCAGUUUGAAUUUGGACUGAAUUCGAGGCGGAAGCACCACCAAAUCAAGUCAGUCCAAACACAAAAAAUGGAGCCCGACAAGGACUGUCUCCCGUCGCCUUCGUUAGGCAAAAAGUUGCCGAUCAAUCCGCGCGAAAAGAUCACCUUUGAAGCCGUUAUGAAGCGCCACGAUGAAGCGAAAAAUCUCCCAAUUGCCAAGAAGAAAUUCACUAGUCGUUCUCAAGCGAUGACGACGAAGUUGGACAAAAUAAUCCUCGAAAAGGCGAUGGAAGAGAGAGAAGAAGCUCUCGAAGAAAUCGAAGCACAGGGCGGUGACUCAGAUAACAAGCCUGAGUUGCCGGAAACAAUGAUGUCAAAGAUGCGCCAAACGCGACUCAACUACAUCAAACUGGAAGAUGCUGUCAACGCGGCCGACCUGGAACCCGUCGAGCGAGGAAUGAUCGAAAUCGGCCUCGGGCGAGUGGCCAGACGACUUCCCAAAAGCCUAAAGAACUCGACGACUGAUGCGCCCGCGCUGAUCGAGGACACUUUGGAUGAGGCCAAAGAAGUUGCUUUUGGAUCGCUUCGAGCCUGGAGAGUCAAGAACACUUUGACGGUCUCCCCCCGAGUGGACAUUCUUCCCAAAGAUGGAGUCACCUGUCCGAUGGAGUUUCCCGAAGACAAGCCGGAAAACCGCCCAGCCCGGAAGCCAAUGCCGUCGAAGUCGUGCCGAAUGGGAAAGGCAAAGUUCAAGAAGACUCGAGCCCAACUCAAGAACAAGUUGUGGAUCAUGCGCCCCUGCAUGCAGGACACUCUUCAGCUUUGCUACAACCACUUUAGCACCCAAGACCUGAUCGAUUUGAAACGACUCGCUGCUGAUUGGGGCCAGCCUAUCUCGCAGCUCCUCUUGAACGUCAAAUUCGAGCUUCAAAAAGAAGAGAAUAUUCUCCAAAAUCGCUGGAUUCCCAAACUCGUCGCCAUCUUCGCUACCCCACAAGUCGCGCCAGAAUACGAAACCGAGGAUGGAUUCAGAAAGACCGCAAAGACAGUCAUUGAACAGCAGUUUCAACGACUCAAGGAGAAGACGCUUCUUUCAUGGGCAGAUCUUUUCGACCAGGCGCAGCCGCCGCAGUUCGAGAUGCGAAUCACCCUUGAAAACAAGUUGGAAUUCUACCCAUCUUUCAAGAUGCUUGAAGAAAGCGCAGUUGAAAUCAUCGACCGAAUCUCAAACUCCCUCGCUACCAUCCCACUCAUCGACGAGCAAAUCGUUGCUGACGAUGGACAAGGCAGUGUUCACUAUAAUACCGCUCUUCCUUCCACCGUCGUCGAUCCCAUCAUCAAGCGUGUGAAGCUCAAGCUCGCAAAGCUCUUCAAGUCCACCCAGGCAGAGCUGGACAAGUACAACGAAAAGUACGCGCACCUGAUCGACGGAACAGACGAAGAAGAAGUCAAAGCCUUCUUGCGCACCGAUUUCACCUUCGCCGAGGCGACCGCUAAGGUCAACAAGUUCCGAAAACUUGUCAAGGAGAUCUACGAAAUCCCCUGUCUCAACUUCUUCGAAGUCACGAAACUCGACUACGAAGAAGCGAAGCAUGGUCUUAUCGCUGCUGCUCGCGGACACGCUGAAACGAUCGUCAACAAACUGGCCUCGAAACACCGACACGAGGUCGAACGAGUCAUCAAAGAAUUCGAAGUGAUCAAGGACCGUGCCGAGCGAGAGCCAGAAGAUACCGAAGAACUCGUCAAAAUCCAGGAUUACAUCAAGGAAAUCAAGGAAACCAAGCUCAAGAACAUCGAUGAUCAGCUCAUGUCGAUGCUGGAUCGAUUCUUGUUCAUGAUGGACGUGCACUUCUUCCCCGAAGGAGAUCUUCUCCGAACCGCGAUCGCCUUCACCUGGCCAACGAACAUCGAGCCGGUUUUCGCCGCGAACUCGCUGCUCAUCGAAAAGUCGCAGAACGAGAAACAGAGCGCGCUCAAAGAGCGAAGAGAAAAACUCGUCGCGGAUAUCGAAUCCGAGCGAGAACGAAUCGCCGAUUUGGAAAACUGCGGCGAUCCAGAACACAUCCACCAGUACGUCAAAGAUUGCCAGGGCAUCUCACGACGCAUUGCCCAAGCAAACGCCAAUGUCGAAGCGAUCAAUCGAGAAGAAGAACUCUUCCAGUGGGAGCAAACGACAUAUCCUGCGCUGGAAUUGCUCUCCAAAGAGCUGGAACCCUACCAGGUCAUGUACAACAACGUUGCAAACUGGCAGAAGCAGCAGAAAAAGUGGUUCGACGGCGAAUUCCUUGCCUUGGAAGCCGAAAAAAUCUCCAACGAAAUCGACGACAUGUUCCGAGAAACCUACAAAUCAAACAAGCUCUUCGAAAAGCGCGCCGGCGGCGAUCAAAAGCAGCCCAAAGGCAAGACGGCCAAGGGCAAAGGUGCCCCAGUCAACAUUCUCGUCAAGCUCACGUCUGGUACAAUGGACGAUAUCAAGAAUUUCAAGGAACAUGUUCCUAUGAUUGCGACGCUCUGCAAUCCUGGCAUCCGGGAGCGACAUUGGAAACAAAUGUCUGACAUUUGUGGCUUUGAUUUGACUCCUGAUGCUGGAACGAGUCUGAGGAAGAUUCUCAAGAUGGGACUUGAAGGAUACAUGGAGCAGUUCGAGAGCAUCUCCGGCGCAGCUACGAAGGAACAUUCGCUCGAAAAGGCGAUGUACAAGAUGAUGGAAGAAUGGGAGCCGAUCCAGUUCAACUUGGUCGAGUACAGAGACGGCAUCUGCAUCCUCGCCAGUACGGACGAAAUCCAAACGAUGCUGGACGAUCAAAUUGUCAAGACACAAACGAUGCGCGGAUCCCCGUUCAUUAAACCGAUUGAAAGCGAGAUUAAAGACUGGGAAGAGCGACUGUUGAGAAUUCAGGACACUCUGGAUGAAUGGCUCAAGGUGCAGUCUCAGUGGCUGUAUUUGGAACCGAUUUUCUCCUCGGAGGAUAUUAUGGCGCAGAUGCCUGAGGAAGGAAGAAUGUUCAAACAAGUCGAUACGAAUUGGAGAGAAGUUAUGACUGCAACGAAGAACGACCCAAGUGUCGUCGCUGUUGGUGGAGAUUCAACCUUCUUGAACAAGAUGGUUCAGUCAAAUGAUCUUUUAGAUAAGAUUAUGAAAGGUCUCAACGCAUAUUUGGAAAAGAAACGAUUGUUCUUCCCCAGAUUUUUCUUCCUUUCAAACGACGAAAUGUUGGAAAUUCUUUCCGAAACAAAAGACCCGACUCGCGUGCAGCCUCACUUGAAAAAGUGCUUCGAAGGUAUCGCCAAGCUCGAAUUCCUGCCCAACCUGGAUAUCAAGUCAAUGAUUUCAUCCGAAGGCGAAUCCGUCGGUCUUUCCACCCUUAUUUCCACUUCUGAUGCUCGUGGUUCCGUCGAAAAGUGGCUCCUCCAAGUCGAAGAAGUCAUGAUCAUCUCUGUUCGUCACGUGUUCAUCCUCGCCAAGGACGAUUACGUCAAGAAAGCGCGAAAUCAGUGGGUCAAGGAAUGGCCUGGUCAGAUCGUUCUCGGUGUCACCCAAAUGUUCUGGACUUCCGAAGUCCAGGAAUCGAUCGACAACGAAGGAAACCAAGGUCUCAAGAACUAUUCAAAGAAAUUGACCUCCGAUUUGAUGGACAUUGUCGAACUCGUCCGAGGCAAGCUCACUCGACAAACUCGAACAACUCUUGGUGCUCUCGUCACCCUCGACGUCCACGCUCGUGAUGUCGUCGACGACAUGGCCAGCCAAGGCGUCGAGCUGUCGACCGAUUUCAACUGGCUGGCUCAACUCCGUUACUACUGGCAGAACGAUCAGGUCCGGGCCCAUAUCAUCAACGCCGACGUCAAGUACGCUUACGAAUACCUCGGAAACUCCUUCCGACUCGUCAUCACGCCCCUUACUGAUCGUUGUUACCGAACCCUUGUCGGCGCUUUCUACCUCAACUUGGGUGGUGCUCCUGAAGGUCCCGCCGGUACCGGUAAAACUGAGACAACCAAGGAUUUGGCCAAGGCCCUCGCCGUCCAGUGUGUUGUCUUCAACUGUUCCGAUGGUCUCGAUUACCUCGCUAUGGGUAAAUUCUUCAAGGGUCUUGCCUCUGCUGGUGCUUGGGCGUGCUUUGAUGAGUUCAACCGUAUCGAACUUGAAGUCUUGUCCGUCAUCGCGCAGCAGAUGUUGUGCAUCCAGCGCGCCGUCCAGAACGAUGUUAAGACCUUUGACUUCGAAGGCACCGAACUGACACUCAAUCCUAACUGCUUCGUCGCCAUCACUAUGAACCCUGGUUACGCUGGUCGAUCCGAGCUGCCCGAUAACUUGAAGGUUCUUUUCCGAACCGUCGCUAUGAUGGUUCCCGACUACGCCCUCAUUUCGGAGAUUUCGCUCUACUCAUGCGGUUUCCUCAAUGCCAAGCCCUUGUCCGUCAAGAUCGUGAUGACAUACCGACUUUGUUCCGAACAGCUGUCCUCACAGUUCCAUUACGAUUACGGUAUGCGAGCCGUCAAGGCCGUCCUGGUCUCCUGUGGUAACUUGAAGCUCCAGUUCCCAGAUGAAAACGAAGAUAUCCUGACUCUCCGAUCGAUUAUCGAUGUUAACUUGCCAAAAUUCUUGUCGCACGAUAUUCCCCUCUUCCACGGUAUCACUUCGGAUUUGUUCCCCGGUAUCAAGCUCCCCGAAGCCGACUACAAAGUCUUCCUCGAAACUGCACACGCUGUUUGCGCCGACUUUGGCAUCCAGCCCGUCCCUGCCUUCCUCGAGAAGCUGAUCCAGACUUACGAAAUGAUGGUCGUUCGUCACGGUUUUAUGUUGGUUGGUGACCCAUUUUCCGGAAAAACUCAAUGCCUCCACGUCUUGGCUGAAAUGUCGAACAGGAUGAAUGAGAUCCAACACGAACAGGCCGGUAACUUGGUCGAAAAAGUCAAGUACAAAACUGUGAACCCUAAAGCUAUCACCAUGGGACAGCUUUUCGGUCAAUUCGAUCCCGUUUCUCACGAAUGGUCCGAUGGAAACGUCGCCACAAUCUUCCGACAGUUCGCUUCCACGCCAACUAGCGAUCGAAAGUGGGUCCUUUUCGACGGUCCCAUUGAUACCCUUUGGAUUGAGUCUAUGAACACCGUACUCGAUGAUAACAAAAAACUGUGUCUCAUGUCUGGUGAGAUUAUCCAAUGUACUCCCGAGAUGUCGCUCAUUUUCGAAACCCAAGAUCUUUCGCAAGCCUCUCCCGCCACUGUCUCCCGAUGUGGUAUGAUUUACAUGGAGCCUCGAUCCAUCGGUUGGCGACCAAUGUUCAAAUCCUGGCUUUUGACCCUCCCAGAAGUGAUUCAAGAGCACAGCGAGCUUAUUAAUGGCCUUUUCGAAUGGUUCAUCGAUCCAUCCUUGGAAUUCUUGCGAAAGAAGUGCAAGGAAGUCCUCGUCACCACUGACAUGCAGCAGGUCCGAUCGCUCAUGUACAUGUUCGAGAUGCACCUCGACGCUGAAGUCUGUGCCCAAGACAACGCCAAGAAAAACAUGAAAUCCUGGAUUCACGGUGUUUUCAUCUUCUCUCUUAUCUGGUCAAUCGCUGCUUCUUGCGAUUUGGACUCGCGAGCCAAGUUCUCUGAUUUCAUUCUCACCAUGCAGAAGGGCAAACAUGAGGACUACCCACCACCAGAAGGCAUCACCAAGAUCGAGAACCCUGUUUCCGAUUACGUCUACGACACCUAUUUCAAGAUUGAAGGAAUGGGCUCUUGGACUAGCUGGAACAAACUCCUUCAGGGAAAGAGCGGCGUCGACAUCCGACCAGGCGACAAUCUUCAGAACGUCAUCGUCCCAACGAUGGACACUGCUCGAACUCAUUACUUGAUCCACGUCUGUGUCAUGCACGAUCGACCAGUUCUCUUCUGUGGGCCAACUGGUACCGGUAAAUCUGCUUACGUCAAGGGCAAACUCAUGACUGGCAUCCCCGAAGAUAAGUUUGUCACAAACUUUAUUAACUUCUCCGCCAAAACCACCGCUCAGCAAACCCAGAAUUUGAUCAUGAGUCGGUUGGACAAGCGAAGAAAAGGUGUGUACGGUCCUCCAGCUCAAAAGAAGGCCAUCAUCUUUGUCGAUGAUUUGAACAUGCCUACCCGAGAAAUCUACGGCGCACAGCCUCCUAUUGAAUUGAUGAGACAGUACUUGGAUCAUCACCAGUGGUACGAUCUUCAAGAUACUUCUCCUAUCGGUCUCCAGGAUAUUCUCUUCAUGGGCGCAAUGGGUCCACCCGGUGGUUCCCGACAGGUCGUCACCCAGCGAUUCCUCCGUCACUUUAAUUUGAUCACCAUGUUGCCAUUCUCAGAUGACACUAUGUCGAAGAUCUUCGGCACGAUCAUGGAUGGCUACUUCAGCGCUAACAACUUCUCCGGCGACAUCAAGGGCGUCACCAAGCCAAUCGUCGAAGCCACGACUUUUAUCUACAAACAGGCAAUGGAAAACCUUCUCCCCACACCGGCCAAGUCACAUUACAUCUUCAACUUGCGAGAUUUCUCCCGUGUCAUUAUGGGUUGUCUCGUUGUGAAGAAAGAUACUGUGCCAGACAAAGACUACAUGACUCGACUCUUCGUUCACGAAAUCUUCCGAGUCUUCUACGAUCGACUUGUCGAUGAUUCUGACGGUGCCUGGCUCUUCAAACUGCUGAAGGAAGUCACAAAGACUUACUUCUCAAAAGACUUCGAUAAAGUCUUCACUCACUUGAAACAGGGUGGUCGACCAGUUUCUGAAGAAGAUUGUCGAUCGCUCAUUUUCGGUGAUUACAUGGAACUCGGCGCUGAAGGCGACGAUCGUCUUUACAAAGAAAUCACUUCGCUCACGGAAUUCCAGGAAGUCGUCCAGACAUCGAUUGAAGAGUACAACGCUGUUAACAAGGCUCCGCUCUCCCUCGUAAUCUUCAGAUACGUGCUCGAGCAUCUUUCUCGAAUCUGUCGAGUCCUGAAGUCUCCUGGUGGAAAUGCCCUCCUUGUUGGUGUCGGUGGUUCCGGUCGACAGUCUCUCACCCGCCUUGCUGGCUUCAUGGCUGGCAUGAGCACCUUCCAGCCUGAAAUUUCGAAGACCUACGGUGUCCCAGAGUGGCGAGAUGAUAUCAAAGCUCUGCUCAAGAACGCUGGUGGUCUUGGUAAGAAAAUGAUCUUCCUCAUCACUGAUUCGCAGAUCAAAGAAGAGUCUUUCCUCGAAGACAUCGAUUCUCUUCUUAACACCGGUGAAGUUGCCAAUCUCUACGCAGCUGAUGAGAAGCAAGAACUCAUCGAACUCGUCCGACCAGUUAUCGCCCAGCGAUUUGGAAAAGAUGCUGAUCUUUCUCCACUUGAAAUGUUUAACUUCUUCGUCCAGCGAUGCAAGGAAAAUCUCCAUAUUAUCAUCGCUUUCUCGCCGAUUGGUGAUGCCUUCAGAGAGCGUCUUCGACAGUUCCCCUCCCUUAUCAACUGUUGUACUAUCGAUUGGUUCAAGGCCUGGCCCGAAGAAGCCCUCGAGCGAGUCGCCAACCACUUCCUCGAAGAAGUUGAGCUCUCCGCUCACGAGCGAAAAGAAAUCAUCCCGAUUUGCAAGCACUUCCACGUCUCUGCUCGAGAACUGUCACAUGACUAUCUCCGCGAACUUGGUCGACACAACUAUGUGACUCCAAUCUCGUAUUUGGAAUUGAUCGCUUCUUUCAAGAAUCUUCUUGGAAACCAGCGAGAUAUUGUCCUUAAGGCUCGAAAUCGAUACGUCGUCGGUCUCGAAAAACUCGCUUUUGCAGAAGAGCAGGUCGCUACUAUGCAGAAAGAGCUUGAAGAUCUCCAGCCGCAGCUCGUCAUCGCUUCGAAAGAAAACGCUGAGCUUAUGGAAGUCAUCACAGUUGAAACCGCUGAGGUAGAGGCAAAGACUGUUGUUGUCUUGAAAGAUGAAGCCGAGGCGAACGCUGAGGCGCAAAAAUCCGCUGCGAUGAAACAGGAAUGUGAGGAAGAGCUUGCUGAAGCUAUCCCCGCACUUGAAUCCGCCCUGAAAGCCCUCGACACUAUUAAACCAGCUGAUAUUGGUGUCAUCAAGACUAUGUCCAAUCCACCCGCUGGUGUCAAGCUUGUCAUGGAAGGUGUGUGUAUUAUGUUGGAAGUGAAACCCGACAAGAUCAACGAUCCAAACGGUGGUACCAAGAAGGUCAACGAUUACUGGGGCCCCUCGAAGAAGCUUCUUUCCGAUCUUGGUUUCCUCGCCCGACUCAAAUCUUACGAUAAGGACAACAUUCCCGAAGCCGUCAUGAAGAAAAUCCGAGCCGACUACAAGCCCAAUCCUGAUUUCACCCCAGAGAACGCCAAGAAAUCCUCAUCAGCCGCUGAGGGUCUCUGUAAGUGGGUACUGGCUAUGGAAAUCUACGAUCGAGUUGCCAAGGUCGUCGCUCCCAAAAAGGCCGCUCUCGCCGUCGCCGAAGCUUCUCUCAAGGAAACCAUGGCUCUUCUUGCUACCAAGCAGGCUGAACUCAAGGAGGUCCAGGACCGACUUGCCAAGCUUAACGCUGAUUUCCAGGCUGCUACUGACAAGAAACAGCAGCUCGAAUUCCAGGUCGAUCUUUGUGAAAAGAAACUCAUCCGAGCCAACAAGCUUAUUGGCGGUCUCGGUGGUGAAAAGACUCGAUGGGGUGAAGCAGCUGAACGACUCCAGCAGCAGUACGACAAUCUCACUGGUGAUGUCCUCAUUUCUUCCGGUGUUGUCGCCUAUCUUGGUCCAUUCGUCGCUUCUUUCCGAACACGAAUCAUCGCCAACUGGUCGAACGAGUGUACUCAGCGUAAUAUCACAUGCUCGAAAGAGUUCUCCGUCUCUAACGUUCUCGGUGACCCAAUCAAGAUCCGAGAAAAUAACAUCAAUGGCUUGCCCACUGAUAGCUUCUCCUGCGACAAUGGUGUCAUCAUUGACAACUCCCGUCGAUGGCCACUCUUGAUCGAUCCUCAGGGACAGGCUAACAAGUGGAUCCGAAAUAUGGAGAAGGAAAACGGUAUCGAAAUCAUCAAACUUACCGACGGAAACUUCAUGCGAACGCUUGAAAACUCUAUCCAAUUCGGUACGCCCGUUCUCCUUGAAAACGUUGGUGAAGAACUCGAUCCUUCGCUCGAGCCUUUGCUCUUGAAGCAAGUUUUCCGACAAGCUGGUGUUGAUAUGAUCAAACUUGGUGAGUCCGUCAUUGAGUACUCCUCCGAGUUCAAGUUUUACAUCACAACAAAGCUUCGAAAUCCUCACUAUCUCCCUGAGCUUGCCACGAAAGUCUCCCUUCUGAACUUCAUGAUCACUCCCGAUGGUCUUGAAGAUCAGCUUCUCGGUAUCGUCGUCGCGAAAGAACGACCUGAGCUCGAAGAAGAGCGACAGCAGCUCAUUCUUCAAUCUGCUGCAAAUAAAAAGGCGCUGAAAGAAAUUGAGGACAAAAUUCUGUACACUCUUUCUGCUUCAGAAGGAAACAUUCUCGAAGAUGAAGGUGCCAUCGCCGUCCUCGACGAAGCCAAGGUCAUUUCUAACGAAAUCGAAAAGAAACAGAAGAUCGCCGAAGAAACCGAAGUUAAGAUCAAGGAAUCUCGAGAAGGAUACCGACCAGUGGCCUUCCACUCGUCCGUUCUCUUCUUCUCACUCACCGAGUUGCCCAACAUCGAUCCUAUGUACCAGUACUCACUUGAAUGGUUCGUAAAUCUCUAUGUUCGAGCCAUCAAAGAUUCUAACAAGACCAAGAACUUGGAGAAGCGUCUUCGCUACCUCAAGGACUUCUUCACUUACAGUUUGUACUGUAACGUCUGCCGAUCGCUUUUCGAAAAGGACAAACUUCUUUUCUCCUUCAUUCUCUGCACUAACAUCCUCAAGUCAAAGAAUGAACUCACCAACGAAGAGCUUAUGUUCUUCCUCACUGGCGGUGUCGGUUUGGAAAACACCAAGGCCAAUCCGUCCUCCGGCUGGCUCUCCGACAAGAGCUGGGACGAAAUCUGCCGUAUGUCUGAUUUGUCUCAGUUUACUGGCUUCCUAAGCUCGUUCACAUCCGAUUGUGAGUCAUGGAAGGCCGUUUACGAUUCCGCUACUCCCUUCAAUGUCGAGUACCCCGCGCCCUGGAAUGAGAAACUCACCCCAAUGCAGAAAAUGAUCAUCGUUCGAUGUCUCCGACCUGACAAGGCCAUUCCCGCCAUGUCAAAGUUCAUCAGCGAAAAGCUCGGAAACAUCUUUGUCUCCCCACCACCUUUCGAUCUGCACGGAUCUUUCAACGAUUCCUCUUGCGAUUCACCAAUUGUUUUCGUUCUUUCCCCUGGUGCCGAUCCUAUGGCGGCUCUACUCAAAUUUGCCUCCCAAAUGUCCAUGGAUGGAGAUAAAUUCGGCGCUAUCUCGCUUGGUCAGGGACAGGGUCCAAUUGCCAUGCGAAUGAUCAAGGCUGCGAUGGAGAAUGGCUCCUGGGUCUGUCUUCAGAACUGUCACUUGGCAGUCUCAUGGAUGCCCGCGAUGGAGCGUCUUUGCGAAGAGAUGAACCCCGAGAACAUUCACCCCGAUUUCCGACUCUGGCUUACUUCUUACCCAUCCGACAAAUUCCCCGUUUCGGUCCUUCAGAACUCCGUCAAAAUGACAAAUGAGCCUCCCACUGGUCUCAAGAACAACAUUCUCGCUUCUUACCUGGCCGAUCCAAUCUCUGAUCCUGUUUUCUUUGCUGGUGUUGCCGAAGAAAAACAAUCCGCCUUCACCCGACUGCUUUUCUCUCUUUGUUUCUUCCACGCUCUUGUCCAGGAGCGAAGAAAGUUUGGUCCAAUCGGUUGGAAUAUCGCCUAUGGAUUCAACGAGUCUGAUAUGCGAAUUUCUGUGCGUCAGCUGCAGAUCUUCAUGAAUCAGUACGAAGAAAUUCCAUACGAGGCGAUUACUUACCUCACAGGUGAGUGUAACUACGGUGGUCGAGUUACUGACGACAAGGAUCGAAGAUUGCUGAUGGAUCUCCUCCGAAUCUUCUACUCCCGCGAAGUCGUUCACCAGAACCAGCACAAGCUCUGUCCUUCCGGUCUCUUCCACAUUCCACCAGAUGGCGACUACGAUCACUACCUCGAGUUCAUCCGAACGAUUCCCGAGCAAGUUCCCGAGAUCUUCGGAAUGCACGACAACGUCAACAUCACCAAGGAAUUGCAAGAAACGAAGAUGGUCUUUGACUCGAUUCUCCUCACCACUGGUGCUACUGCUGGCGGUGGAGGCGGCGGUGGCUCGGACGAAGCCCUCAGCGAUAUCGUCAACGAUAUCCUCGGCAAACUGCCGGCCGAUUUCGACUUGGACGCGGCAAUGAAGCGAUUCCCCGUCGAGUACAACGAGUCCAUGAACACUGUCCUCGUCCAAGAAAUGGAGCGAUUCAACAACUUGCUCCGCACCAUCCGAAUCUCCCUCAUCAACAUGAAGAAAGCCAUCGCCGGUUUCAUUGUCAUGAACGCCGAGUUAGAAAAUAUCGCCCGAGCUCUGCUCAUUGGUAAAGUCCCCGAUGCUUGGAUGAAACGAUCCUAUCCCUCGCUCAAGCCUCUUGCUGGAUACAUCACCGAUUUCCUCGCCAGAUUGAACUUCUUCCAAGAAUGGUACGAAAACGGCAAGCCAACUGUCUUCUGGCUCUCUGGUUUCUACUUCACUCAGGCUUUCUUGACUGGUGCAAGACAGAACUUUGCCCGACGAUACACCAUCCCUAUCGACGCCGUCGAGUUCGACUUUGAAGUCCUUCCAAAGGACACAGCCGACCUGCCGGGAGGAUUCCCAAAACAGUUCUGGUCAAACCCCCUUCCACAGCCAGACGAUGGUGUCUACUGCGCCGGUGUUUACCUCGAAGGAGCCCGAUGGGACCGUGAGCGCGGAUCUCUGGUCGAAUCCCAUCACAAGAUCCUUUUCGAAUCGAUGCCCAUCAUUUGGUUCAAGCCGAUGAAGAAGGUCGAGAUUUCCAUGGACGGAUGCUACGAGUGCCCGACUUACAAGACAUCAGAACGAAAGGGUACCCUCUCCACGACCGGUCACUCUACCAACUUCGUCCUCUUCCUCAAGCUCAAAUCAGACCUCCCUCAAGCUCACUGGGUCAAACGAGGUGUCUGCGCACUCUGCUCGCUGGACGACUAA